UGUGUUUUACCACGCACUCGUGUUGCACAUAGUUCUGCUGUGCUGAGCACUCAUGUGUCCGGUCUGAGGUAUCGCUUCCUAAUUCAUUCACAAGCUAUUCCUGUGCAGCACAUCGCUGGACCCUGUCUCAUCAUCAUUAUCCAGCGCAUAGGCCACAUAACAUGCUUCUGCUAGAAGAAAAGUACAAGCCAGUCGCUGAGCUGCUGUUGACUUCCGGAACAUGCCCUAGAUGUGUUCUCCGUUUCUGCUGCGUCGGAUUCCCAGCACCUUAUCGGCUUCCAUACCAGGAACUGGCUGCUGAGUUGUGGAAGUUCCUGCGAAGUGAUGGAGACAUUUCCCCACCUACUAAGAAGGUCCGGUUGGAAGCUUUGGAUGGGUGCAAGAAUGAGAUCUCUGGAAAUGUCAAAGAUGCUGAUGUAUGCGAAGAGCCUCAGACAUGUAAUGUGUGCCUGGGGAUUCUGCAGCAGCACUGCAGUACAGAGUUUGUUAAAAAGAUUUUCCAUAACGUCCAGUCCGCUGGGUACGAGUUUCAAGACUUUGUUUUCUCAGUGUCCCUCCCAGCACAGCUAUUAGUGAGAGAGCAUUCUACAUGGCUGCAAGCCCAACAGGAAAUGAGAAAGCAAGAUCGUCUUUUGGAAAAAGCAGAUAUUAUCCAACUAAAGGAGGCCUACAAAUGGAUAAUACACCCCAUGAUCUCCGAGGAAUUGGGAGUACAAGCAGUGAGCAAGAGUUUCUUUGAAGUUGGGGUGGUGUUCUACCACCAAGAAACAGAUGAGGACUGCCACUUCCUGGCGACGGUGUGCAAAGACUGUUUUAAACCUACCAAAAAUAAACAAUCCAUCUUCACCAGAAUGGCCGUUGUGAAGGCUCUUGACAAGAUAAAAGAGAGUGAUUUCUGCCUCCACUUUCCAUGGCCUCCAUCUUCCCCAAAGACGACGUGCCAAGUUAUUGAUAUCCAGUGCAACCAUGCGUCAGUUUUCGUGGCAGGAAGAUAUAACAAAUAUUCACGGACUUUGCCCCAGACCCCUUGGGUUAUCGAUGGUGAGAGGAAGAUGGAGUCUUCGGUGGAGGAGUUGAUAACGGAACAGCUUAUGGCCGUGUUUAAGGCUGUCAGUUUCAACUUCUCAUCUUCAGGAAGAGAGGACGUGGACGUCAGGACCCUUGGGAGAGGAAGGCCAUUUACGAUUGAAAUUGUAAAUCCUCACAGAGUCCAGUUCACUCAACAAGACAUGAAAGAUCUUCAGCAGAAAAUAAACAACAGUGACAAAAUCAAAGUCCGGGACUUGCAGAUUGUUUCUAGGGAGGCAGUGGCACAUAUGAAAGAAGGUGAAGAAGAGAAGACCAAGUGCUACAGUGCACUCAUCUGGACUGAAAAGUCCAUAAGGAAAGAAGACCUAGAAUUUCUCAAUGACAUGAAGGAGUUGAAGAUCAUACAAAAAACUCCUCUCAGAGUCCUCCACAGGCGACCGCUGGCUGCUCGAUGCAGAAUGAUUCACACUAUGAAAGCAGAGUAUGGGGACGAACACCAUUUCCGCCUGUUUUUGAAAACACAAGCUGGGACCUAUAUAAAGGAGUUUGUACAUGGUGACUUCGGGAGAACCGUUCCAAAUAUUGGCUCCAUGAUGAAAACUACAGCUGAUAUCCUAGAGCUGGAUGUGGAGUCUGUGGAUGUGGACUGGCCGCCUUCUUUAGAAGACUGAUAUUUUGCAAGAGUUGAAACUUAUCGUGUGCAUUGGCACAACAGUGGACAAAACCGCAUUCACUGGAUCAUAUUGAUCUGUCAUUAUAUGUGGUUAACAGUCAUGGCAUAGUAUGUGAAUUAUGUUUCUGCAAGACGAAAAAGGUGAAGAUGAACAAGAAAAUGAAUUAUUUUUAGUCACAUGAUGUCAAAACCUCUUUUUUAUAUAAUGUUUGUACUACAUUGAGGGAGGUUAUAAGGGAAUUUACAGGCAACCCGUGGAGAUACCACAUGGAUUACAAGAGAAGAAGGAAAUGAACGAAAACCUUCAGAAAUGUGUACCUUCAAACUGGUUGCAGGCAGUGUGCUGUAUACUGAUGGUUCACGGUCUAUGCUGUGUAUAAUUUUGGGUUUCAAUAUUAUUUUUAAGAAUAAAAUUCCACCGUUUUUGCC